ACUCGGACAUUUUCUCAACUUCUACCGGGGGCCUUUUGCACAUAAAGCUAUGACGUCGACCUUAUGACGUUCUCUUUCCCCGCUGUGACAAGGAGGUUUUGACUUUUACGUCCGCCAUCCAUCGAUAAUCUACAAUGGCCGAGGAAGGCAUCGCUGCUGGAGGUGUAAUGGACGUUAACACCGCACUCCCGGAUGUGCUGAAAACCGCACUCAUCAACGAUGGUUUGGCUCGCGGUAUCCGCGAAGCAGCAAAGGCACUGGACAAGCGCCAGGCCCACCUCUGUGUCCUGGCAGCCAACUGCGACGAGCCUGCGUACGUGAGGCUGGUGGAGGCUCUCUGUGCUGAGCAUCAGAUCAGCCUCAUAAAGGUUGAUGACAACAAGAAGCUCGGCGAGUGGGUGGGUCUCUGCAAGAUCGACCGCGAGGGCAAGCCGCGGAAGAUUGUGGGCUGCAGCUGCGUGGUCGUCAAGGACUAUGGCAAGGAGUCCCAGGCGAAGGACGUCAUUGAAGAGUACUUCAAGAGCAAGAAAUGAGGUGUGACAUCUGCUGAAAAUAAAGCUAGAAAAGUUGGA